AUGAAUUACGAAGACGACAACGUUGAAUCAGGACAAGCUGGUAAAUCAGAUGCUGAAUACAAAGCAGAUAUUGCCAAUAGAGAAAAAGAAGUAACCAAAGCAUUAAAUGCUGGUAAACCACAAGAUGCUUUAAAUGUAGCCUUAGCUGAUCCACCAAUUUACACUAAAACAGGUGCAAUCAAGGAUCAAAAUGCAACCAUUGUCCUCAAUCUUUUAGGUAGUUUUAAAGAUAAAGAUGUUGAAACAUCAGUCGAAACACUCAACGAUGACCAACUCGAUAUUUUAAUGAAAUAUGUCUACCGUGGUCUUGCUACCGGUGAAAAUUCACCAAUCUUUUUCAAAUGGCACGAAUGUGUCCUCAAGAAGGGUGGUGCUGGUACAAUCAUUAGAGUUAUCUCUGAAAAGAAAACUGUUUAA